AUGCUCGAAUUCAAUGAUCCAAGAGUAGCCAUUCUCAAAGAAUGGAUUAAGGUCGCGUUCUCUUCAGUGUCGAAACAGGGAGAGAGUGCUUUGGAUAUCCUUCAUAUGGAUGAGAGCGUUUCAAACUUUUUGGAUGGAAAUGAAACAUUUCUGGAAGUUUGUUUGCUGGAAAAUAAUAAGGUUUGUAUGUCGGAUGAUUGGGUGUUGUUGUAUUUAAUGAAAGUUUGUAUAUCCAAUGCUCGGAAACAGUUGAAAAUUUCAAACAGAGUAUCGGGAGUUGAUUUCGUGAAUGAAAUACACUUUAUGAAGAGACAUGAAAGUCCAAUCAAUUCAGAAGAAGAAAUGAAAUUGGAUAGUAAAGAAAACAAUGUCAAAAUCGGAUCAUUAUCGAAUGAUCUAUCGACAGGAGUUGACUUGUUACAAUUACUCCAAAAGGUGUAUGGGCCGCUGUUGGCAAAUUCCAACAACUCUCGCAACAACCCCUCAAUUCAAAACCUAAUGAACCAACUUGAAAUGGGACUGCAAUCACUUGUACAAAAACAAUCAUCUGAAAUAAUUAGAGAAGCGGAAGAGCGAGAGCAGUAUUUCUUUUUAACUCCUCAAGAGGAAUUUCAGUAUUGGAGUGACAUGAGCUCAAGAAGUGAACAAGCUCAACAAAUCCACGAAAUUAUCGAACAAAAGAACCUUUUGGCAGACUUUUCAAGUUUACACCAAAAAAAUUUAGAUGACUUGAUUGGCGAGUAUGGGCUGAUUGACAAAGUCAAAGAUGCUCUUGAUUCGCUGUGGGUGGAUGUUCUUGACCCGAAGCCAUAUCCUGAAGCAAGAAUGAGACAUUUAAUUGAAGUUAUAGGCAGUUCAAUCGGAAGAUUUAUCCAAAUGAAACUAGGACAGGUAGACAUUUGGCGAGACGAUUAUUUGUCUGUCAAGAAAAAGCUUGACUCUGCCAUUGAAACAUGUUUUCAUUGGACAAAAAGCGUUGAUGAUUUGAUUUCUCUUUGGACCGUUGACGGAAAUCACAAGUGGAAAGGCGGAAAUUGUAAAGAUUUAUUUAUUCAACAACUGCUUCAUCGGUUGGAAGAAAUCGAAAGAAUUAGAAGUAGCUAUGAACAACUUGCAAAUAAUUUAUCAUCGGAGGAAUGUUGUAAACUUGAUUGCUUUUCUCCUUUUUCUGGGUUGAACCCUCUCCAUAUCACACCCUAUGCCGAACAAUCAUGGAAUUCAGCGGUAUCCAGAUUCGAAGAAAUGAUCCAACCACUCGAAAAGAGGAUUGCAGAAAAGUUGAGAAACAAGUUAUCCGCGUUAUCUUCAAAACCUUUGCUCUUACUACUCGAGUUUGACAAGAACAGAGAUUUGAUUAGACGAGAGAACAUAAAACGAGAACUCACUCAAGAACGUUCAACUCUAUUGGGCCAAUUGCGUUCCCAUGUUCAAACCUUGAAGGCCGAUUUGGAUAAUCAGAAAUACGACAAAAAUAUAUCUACUAAUGACAUUGUUUCAAGAAUUGUUUCAGUGAAGCAAAUCGAGGAAAAGUUAAAAUCCACAGUGAUUACGAUAACUACUUUUUUGGACGAUUUGUCUGAAUCUCAAAAACUGCAAGAGCAAUGUGGCUCAAUUCAGAUGGAGGUCGAGAAUUUCAUCAACACUGAAAAAACAAAGUGGGAAAGAGAAGUUGAAAAAUCAAAAGAUUCAUUAUCUCUCAAAGGUUCCAUGAUAAGCCUGGAUAAAAAUAAGAAAAUGGUUGUAAAUUAUAACGAGAGACUUAUUUCGUUACUACGAGAGGUUAGACAACUCUCUGUAUUAGGUUUUGGUAUUUCUCAAGGAGUUCAAAAAUUGGCUGAGGAAGCAAAAGAUUUUUAUACUCAAGCCAUUGCAUUGAAACAGAUUGCAAAUUUUUAUAAUAAUGUACACACACAAGUGAUUAAGAGUCAAUCCAGUAUGUUAAUAGAUGCUGCUUCCAAUUUUGAGAGAGUCAUAUUUGAAUUCCAAAAAGAGGAUAAGUCUUGGAGCAAAGCGAAUGGAGAGAAGUAUAUCGCUAAACUGAAAAACGCCGCUGAGCAGUUUACCUCUGAAAACAGAAAAUUGAGAAAGUAUCACAUUUUGAUAGGUGAUAAAGUAUCUCAACUUAUGAAUAUUGAUCUCUUAAGGGAAAAGGAAGUGUGGACAGGGAAGGUCACCGAAAUUGCAAAAAUAUUUUCAUUCCUUAAAACACAAAAUUACUCAAAUAUGGAAAGCUGGAAAACACAUUGGGACUACAACAUUUACAAAGCUCUUGACUAUCAAUACAAGGUUGGCUUGGAAACUCUAAAUGAGCAACUACCAGAGAUCAAAUGUGAGCUUGUUUUCAAAGAUAAGAGAGUUCAGUUCUCUCCAAGUUUCGAGAAAAUCAAACAGACAUAUUACGAAAAGAUGAGAGAUUUUAUUGCCUUUCCUGUUGUUUUUAGAGGUUUAAGUGAUACAGACAUUUUCAAAAACAUUACUUACACCAAUAAUGAAGGUAUUAAGACAGUUUACCAUAAGGCUACUCUGCUUUUCACAAGGUUAGCAAAAGUUAAAAAACGUUUCUCUGAGUUUGUAAUUCUGGGUAUGGUUGAAAAUGAGCUAGAAGACAUAGCCACAGAAAAUUUGAAUGAAACCUAUCAUUGGGAGGCAAACUUCAGGAUGAUCAAAGAAAAAGGAAAGGAAAUCGAACGUCUCGAAAAUGUGAUUCGCAUUGAUUGUAUUUCGGUGUCAACAGAGAGUAUCAAAGAAACUCUACAAGAUCAGCUCCAAAAAUUGGGAGAUUUACUAGUUAAAACCUUGAGAACAAAGACUCAAAAGCACAUGGACGUAAUUGAACAAUUUAUUAAUCAGGCGUUAGAAAAUUUGAUUAAAGAUCCACAAUCCAUGGACGAAAUUGGAAAGUCACACGCUGCGUGUAGAAAAAUCAGUGAGGAGAAAUCAAUUUUUUAUGCUGAGUUUGAUAACUUUGAGAAAAAGAAUAGAUUAUUGAGAAGUGUUGCAGGUGUAGCUCUGGAUGGAACCUAUAUCAAAGAGAAGUGGAAUGAGUUUGACGAUAAUCUCCAAGCACACGAGGUCUACCUAAAAGACAGAACAAGUAAUCUUCAAAAAGAAGUGGAAUCCAAAUUACUCUCAUUUAAAACUGAAAUAACAAAGUUUUCUAACAAAUGGCACGAGUUGAAGCCAAAAGAUAAUAGCUUUGUUGAUGCGGCUACCUCCAAGAAGCAAAUAUCAUUCAUCAAAGAAAAGCGAGAAUCUUUUCAAGAGCUCAGAAAAAGAGGGGAAGAAAUUUUAACUGAAUGUACCUACUUUGGUGUGAUUACUCAGCCUCCAAAAGAAAUUUCUGAGUUGGAUGAAGAUAUUGGAAAGUUUGAGAAGAUUUGGGGUAUUUAUGAAAAAUACAUAAGCGAUCUCGAAAAGCUCACCUCCCAAGAGUGGCUUACUUUUAAAAAACAAAUAUUUACCUUCGAAGAUUUUGUAUUGGACUGGAUUAAUGAUUUGAAAGAGAAGGAAAAGAAUAGUAUCACCAUUUAUAUUAGAGAAGAGGUUGAAAAAUAUAGCCAAUUCAAAGAUUAUCUCAAGUUCAUUACUGGAGAUGGAUGGCAACCAGAGCAUUGGGAUUCCUUUUUCCGGCUCAUUGGUUUAGAGAAGGUAACUGUAGAGGAAUUGAAGUUUGGCCAUCUGCUUCCAAAAGCUUCUAUUAUUAUGGAAAAGAUUAACAACAUUAAGGAGUUGAGCUCUAGAGCCGUUGGAGAGCAACAAAUUAGAGAUGCUUUAAAUGAACUCAAAUCAUGGGGACUUUCAACAGAGUUUUCAACCUUUGAAUACAAGGGAACUCAAAAAACUUUACACCUUAUCAAAGAUUGGAAAGAACUACUGACUCAAAUUGGAGACAAUCAAUCGUUAAUACAGUCUAUCAAAGACUCGCAAUGGGCAGAUCCAUUUAUAGAAGAAAUACGGUCAUGGGAGCAAAAGCUCACAAAUUUAGCUGAUUUUAUUGACUUUUUGAUGAAUAUUCAAAGAAAGUGGUUAUAUUUGGAACCUAUAUUUUCAAGAGGAUCCUUACCUUCGGAACAACAACGAUUCAAUCGUAUUGAUAAAGACUAUGUUGACAUUAUCCACAGCAUUAACGAUAAGGGAACUAUUGGCAGAAGAGUGGUAAUGUUAGAACGAAUUAUUGGUUUAAAGGAUAGACUGAAGAACAUUUCUGAAGGUUUAGAUGUUUGCCAAAAAGCUCUUAAUAAGUUCUUGGAAGAAAAAAAGAAGUGCGUAUCCAAGAUUUUAUUUUAUUGGAGAUUCAGAUCUCUUAGAGAUUCUUGGCCAGGCCCAAAAUCCAGCAGUGAUUCAAACUCACUUAAAAAAGUUGUAUGCAGGAAUUUACAAGGUACAGUUUAA